UACAGGGAAGUAGGAAAAUGAUCCAGAGGCAGAUGUUUCGUGCAGCAAUAUCCGCAUGUUCACCGGGGCUGUUCGCAAUUUCAAGACAGCUCACUAAACCCUCGUGUGCACGGAGCAGCAUAGGUGUUUCUUUAGCAAACUUUCGCAGUGACCAACACCGACGGGCGAGCACUGCGUUUGGCUGCAGCAGACAGCUGUCAAAACACUCGGCGUUGCUCAAGAGAAAGAUGGAACAUUCGUGUAACUCAUCAAACUCGGCCUCCUCAGCAUCGACACAGAGAAUGGUCUGGGUGGACCUCGAGAUGACGGGGCUGGACAUUGAUAAAGAUGAGAUAAUCGAGAUGGCCUGCAUCAUCACAGACUCUGAACUCAACAUCUUGGCGGAGGGCCCCAACCUGAUCAUCCACCAGCCGGACGAGCUGCUGGACGGCAUGUCAGAGUGGUGCCAAACGCACCAUGGCAACUCAGGGCUGACGCAGGCGGUGCGUGACAGCAAGAUCUCGGUGCGCGAUGCUGAGCAGGAGUUCCUGUCCUUCAUCCAGAAGUACACGCCAGCUGGACAGUGUCCUCUCGCAGGUAACUCGGUGCAUGCUGAUAAGCGGUUCCUGGAUAAGUUCAUGCCAGAGUUCAUGAGGCAGCUGCACUACCGCAUCGUAGACGUCAGCACCGUCAAGGAGCUCUGCAGGAGGUGGUAUCCAGAGGAUUACAGAAAAGCACCGUCUAAGAAAGGCUCUCACAGGGCGCUGGAUGAUAUUCGGGAGAGCAUCAAAGAGUUGCAGUUCUACAGACGGGCCAUAUUCAAAACUCCAAAAAACACUCCAUAACGGGCCAGUGCCACAGCGUCUGCAUAGUGCAUAAGCAUAACAUGACAGAUUGACUGGGGAGAACAGAGGGGUAUUGCAAGAACAUGGCUAACAUAUGAUAAUCCUGGCUAAGGUUGAAUGCAUCAAGUGGUGAACCUCCUAAUAGAUGCCCCCC